AUGAGAGGCGCUCUCUCCCCUCUCCUCUUGUUGUACUCGCUGCUUGAGCGAUGGAUCUCUCGGGCCGCCGUCGCUGUCUUCGAGUCCAGUUGGCGGAAUCAAAACAAGGAAGAUUGGUACAAGGAAUCGUCUCCGGCUUGUACCCAGGCUAUGGGAAUGGACGAAAUCCUAAUCAAGAAUGAGAUAGGUGGCCGCCUCCUUGCUGUCGCGAGCCUGAUGCCGGAAAAAGCUUCUCGGGGGGUGGAAUGGCGCAGAGCACGACAGUGCUGCCUAAGGAAACGAACGCGUCUGUUUGCUUCGGCGGAGUUGGGGUUCCCUGAGGAACGCCCCCUAAAGCGAUUACGACAUAAGCAGAAGAAUCAAUGGAGGUUUUGGCUCCCCUCCUCGUCAGAGUUGGAUGGGGAGGAACCUGUUCUAGCCCCGCUCGCGGGGAGUAAUACCCAGAAAACAGAAGUAAGGAUUGAGCACCCUGCUCCUUGUGAAAACCCAGCUCCAUCGACUCCCUUCGGGGAAGGGAUCUGUCCUGCGAAAUCUAAAAGGGGGAGAACAGAAGAUUGGAAUACCCCCUUGGGGGAUUUAGCUCCCUGUGUGUCACCGAGCAAUUGGAAGUCGACGAUUCAAGCAAGUCCGUCCAUUCCCAGCGCCGUCGAUGUGAAGAGAGACGACAAGUCUGGGGUCGCCGAUCUUCGGCGCCGGCUGGUGUGGCCACGGAAGAUCAAGACAGUUAAGAUUGGGUCUGCUCCAGAGAUCCCGGUUUUGUUGAACGGGAUUCUCGGACAAAUUCUCCGCGUAAAAAAUCAAAAAAAUUCCCCGUGCCAGAGGUCUCCAAUUCCGAGUGCAAAUCUAAUUGCUGACAGUCACUGUGGAUCACGACUCCUCCUGGGCCUCACGGGUCCUUUACCCUAUAAAAUUGCUCAGCUGAACGCUAAUCGGCCAUUGUGUAGUGAUCGAUGCUGGGUGCUUUCUCCAGAGGCAAAAUUAGUAGCUACCCCCAGCCAGCAGUGGCCUGUCCCCGAGUUUGCGUCAGGUAAAGGGACUCGUUCCCUCCCUUCUUCCGCCCGUGUUGUUGCGAGAGGCGUCCCUUCCCUUGGGAAUUUUCUUUCCCCUUCGCAAGUCCCUGGGAUGCUGCCGCCGAUGUCAGUGGCUGGGUCGGCGAUCCCAGCUGCCUCCUCUUCCCUCGUCUCUGUGGCGAGAGGCACCUUUUCCCUCGGGCAUUUUAAUUUCAAUUCGAAUAACACUAGGUUGCUGCCGCCUGUAUCUAUUACUGAGUCGGCAAUCCCUCUUGUCUCUACUACCCUCGUUAAUAAUGGAAGUUCAUUUAUUCCCCUUGGCCUGCUGAGACCAAUCCCAGUGAUAGAAAAGACGCUACCUAUGGCAUCUAACGCUUUAUCUCUCCAUGCUUGUUAG